CUCGAAACGAUCACAAAGUGAAAUAAAUACCCGACGUGCAUAAAACAAAAUGGCGUCUUCCUCCCUCGUUCCGUUGAAUGUGAAAGUAGAAAUAGCAGAUACGUAGAUUUGUUGUUCAUUUCUUACAUUUAAUUUACUAAAUGAUGAAUAAUAUAAACAUCUACAUUCAACUGAAACUAAAAGUCUGCCUUGGUAUAGUGGAAACUAUCUGUCUUUGAGUCGGUCCUGUAAGGACACACCAUUAUUUUUAUAGUCAUAGUCGUGGAGAGAACUAAAACCAUGUUCAAAGUCGAUGAACAAAAAGCACAGCGUGUUUCGCGUGUUAGGCAAACUCUAAGCAAAUGCGCAAAUUUUAUUAAAGACUUCAGUGAUUUAGCCAAUGCUCAUCCUUGUGAUUUUAUUGUAAAUAACCACUGGAACAGGCUACUACCGGAUUAUAUUCAGAAACAAUUACUGCAGCUAAGUGAGAAGAAUCUUGCAAAGCUGCUCACCUGUCAACAUACUGAUUAUGACCCUAGUACUACGAGUAGUUUUUGCACAGAUGCUCCGUGUGAGUAUCUUGAUCAUCAGUUUAGGAAAAACGAUAUUGAUGGCUGCAUGCUAGAAAGCAUGGACGAUGGAAAUAAGCUACAAACAAACAUAGUGCCACAGACUGAGAUGGAAGAUCUAAAUAUUGAAUAUCAAGGUAACUCAAAUUCACAGAUUGCAUGGAAAGGCAGAUCUUUGAACCAAUUUUUAUCAGAAGCUCAGAAAAAUUGCCUAGAGGGUCUGGCAUCAGUAUGCACCGAUGUUGAUGAGUUGCAGUCUUGGUUGAGGGAGGAUAUUAAUGUGAGUCAGGAGACAAUGCCCUUUGUGCAGACCUAUAUGAAAGUCAAGAAGGAGCAUGAAGUUGAGAUCAUGGCUGCAGUCUGCACAUGUCUUUUUCACAAAUGUUCUGCUGACAUGGUGGUGGAUUUAGGCAGUGGUAAGGGAUACCUCAGUAUACACUUAGCUCUCCAUUCAGGGUUACCAGUGGUUGGGAUAGACUCACAACCCAACAACACUUCUGGUGCCAAGAGGCGAGCUGAAAAGCUUGGUACUCAGUUGCACUACCUUGUAAAGAAUGAAAUAAAAAAUCAAACACAGAAUGAAAUGAAAGUAGAAUCAAAUUGGUCCAGGGCUAAAUCAGAGUGUACCUGUGCGAUAAAAGAAGGGACAGUUUUAGCUGAUAACCACAUGGAUAAAGCAAGUGGUCUUCCAGUUUUAUCAGAAUCAGAUACUGCAUGUGUUGAUACAAGGAACUCUAGGACAGUGCCAGAUGAGAAGUGCCAAGUGUCACAUACAUUAUCAGAAAGUCAUUGCAGAGAGAGUUAUCCAACCUUUAAAGAUAAAAACAAAACGCUUUCUUCAGAAACUCCCAGCAGGACAAAUCUUGACCAGAAUAUGCAACGCCUUACCAUUCUAGGAGCAAAAUCAAAUGAGGAGACACGGUCUGGUAAGCAUGUAGCCCUGACUAUGUGUGUUGGUCAAGACACCAGACUGACAGAUAUUGCUUAUGAAGCUGCUUCCAUAAUAUGUCCACACAAGGAGCCAGAGAACCUGAGACUACUUCUGACUGGCCUUCACACAUGUGGGGGCCUUGGGUCUAGUGUGGUGAGACUGUUUGUUAAUGACAGCGCUGUGGCAGGUGUAUGUGCAGUAGGGUGCUGUUACCAACUCAUGCAAGAGAAAUUCUCAGAAGACUGUUUAAGUGAAAAUGAUAAAAGUACUCAAGCUGCUCCUGACUUCCCGAUGAGUUCUCUUUUGCUGGACAGCAAAGUAUAUCUUGGUCGGUCAGCCUGUAACACAGCCUCACUGUCUUUGGCCCGAAUGAAAAAUUGUGAAAAGCUUCAUGGACAAACAUUCUAUCCGAGAGCAUUACUUCAAGCCAUCAUUCAUGAAAAGAUUGGGCAGAUUUUCCAUGAGAGACACAAGCAUCAGGAGCACAAAAUGGCAGCUUUCUACCAGCUUCAGGCAGCACUUGCACCUGUGAUUGAAUCGGUUAUUCUUCUUGACAGACUUCUCUACCUAUUGGAGCAGGAUUGUGUGAAGGACGCUUUCAUAGUGAGACUGUUUGAUCCUGUGGCUUCUCCUCGAUGCUAUGCCAUCAUCGCCACCAAGGACUGCUGAAUUCUUGUCAGGGAAUUAAGAAAAAAAAACAAACUAACAGUGCAGUUGCAAUUAUUGUUAUGCCUAUACUUGCAGCUGUUCCAACUGCUUGACUGAAGUCUUAUCUGCAUGUUCCAUACAUCUAUAAGACAUGAUAUUUAUUUAUCCAAAAUAUCAGAAAAAAACUGUUACAGUGAUUUCUAUCUAGAAGAAUGGAUGGAUAGAGAGAUGGAUGGUGGCAGGAGUUGUAAGUUUUCUGUUGUAGCUUUUUAAAUUAUUGCUGUUCAUAAAGUCAUAUAAUCUAUAUGGAAGCCAACGAUUUUGUUGUCAGAAUGCUAAAAAUACUACAUUCAAGCUUCCAGUAAAGUGAACAAAUUCAUUCCUAUCCAUUAAAAGUGUUUGAAAUUUGGACACAGCAUCUGCCUAUUUUUUUGUUAUGUAUGAUUCAGGAUGCUCAUAGCACGCCUUUGCUGGAGAAGUACAUUUAUACAUGCAUCAUUUCUUUUAUUCCCCUCACCUUAUUUCGGUUCAUCAAAGUAUGUUGAAGUUGAUGGGGGAGAGAAUGACACGAAGAGAAUGUCUCAGUGGCCUAGGAAGAUGCUCGGGAGCUGACAGUAGACGAUGCUGGCACUCGAACAAUACCAACCAGAGAAGGAGGGAGUUCGUGAGUGCACGCGUGUACUUAGACAAGAAACAAAGAUCGAAGCAUGGCUCACCUAUCGCAAUCUCAAGAAAGUAUAUAAUAUGAGAUAAACUGUAUACUCAUAUUAGUCACAUUCAAGGUUCGGCAAGUCAUUGUAGUC